CCGGGCGCCGCGGUCGCCAUGGAGACGGGGUCGCGGUGAGCGCCGCGGCGGUGUGAGGGGCGGCGGGGCGGCGCUGCGGCUGGGCAAGAACACAGACUCUAAAGAAAUGGAAAAACUCACUCGGCUGGAAGCUCUGCUGCUUACUGCUGUGCUGGAGAACUGUGCUGAUCAGCUCACAAUCCUUGGGUACAUCAUGCCAGUUUCACACGAGGGCAAGACAGACACCAGCCAUAUCAACAGCCAGAAAAUGAAAGAAAUCACAGACACCCAGAAUGUGCUGGACAUUAAAUAUCAAGAGCUUACAUCUGCAAGGCAAGGGAGGGGGGAAACUGUUACCUCGAAGUCUCUGAAAAGCAUUGAACAUAAGCAGCAGCUGGGGAAUUCUGAGGAUCCAAAAAGAGCCCAUCAUCUUUCCACAAGGGUCAUGAAACCCAGUGUUCUGUCCGCAGAUGAUCUCAGAAAAAUUCAGGCUGACAGGCAGUAUGCAAGUGAUGUAAUUACAGCCACUAUGAAGAAGAUGGAGGAAUCAGGAACAUUUGAUAGCCUAAUAGAAGCUAAUGGGAGAGAGAAGGCAAAGAAAAGCAACUUGAAUGACAUCCUCAUCAGGGAAGAGGAAGGAAAGAAAGAGAUAAAGUCACUCCAGAAACAGCUGCAAGAUGUCAAGAAAGAAACUGAAAUAGAACUUCAGAACCGAGAUAAAGUGAUUCUCUACCUCAAAAAUGAGCUUCAACAGAUGGAAGCCAAAGCAGCCAUGGAGCACCGCUACGUGAAGAAAAGCACAGACCUCCAGGUGCACCAAGUGCAGAAGAAGUGCAGCAAUGCAGAGAACAGACUGAACAAGGAAAUUGAGGAUUUGAAGAGGAAAACUGAUGAGGAGAUCCGAGUGCACAUGGAGAUUGAAAAUUUCCUCAGGCAUUACUACAAGAAGGUGGAAGAAAAGCUGGAAUACUGGGUGGACAAGCAUGAAAAUGACACGGACGCUAAAGAUAAAGAACUCAACGCCCUAAAAGAAUCAAAGGCAAAGAACCUGGAAAUGCUGCAGAGAUUUGCCAGUGAGUGCUGGACAUUUGAGGAAACCAUCAUCGCUGACCGGGCACAAAAAGAGGCUGAAAGACGAAAACGAGAGCAGGAUGCCCUGGAGCUGAAGAGCAUCCUGAAGCUGCAGGCGUGGUGGAAAGGUACAAUGGUCCGCAGAAACCUUGGUCCCUAUCAGAACCUCCGGAAGGCUCAAGAGAAGAUUCUGUUAAAUGUGAAAGGCAAAAAGGAAAAACCUGCAGCAAAGAAAAAGACACGCUAAGAAAUGUGGCCAGUACUCCAGGGCUGCUGCUGGUUUUCCAAAGGAACAUUUAUAGUCAUAGAAGGAUAAAAAGAACCAUUUGCCACUGUGUCACAACUGAAAACGGCAGAGGAGCUCUCGGUGAUGUGAAAAGUUCUCUGUGGUUUAUUUCAGCCAGGUCACCAAAGUCCCCUCCUUCACAAGGGGAAGAAUCAAAUCCCCACUGUUCUGACCUCAUCAUGUCAAUGCUAUGAGGGACCCCUCAGUGCCAGUGCCACUCGAUUUUGGAUGGGUAACAUUGUGGAGCCCCAAACUCAGUGCUCACCAUCGUUUGAGGAAGGAUGGUGACACAACAGAGCUGGUGGAUGAGCACCAGCAAAACACAAAGCGCCCCGAUGGAUUCCUCCCACAUCCUCCAACACAAAAGCCCCAGAAAGGAAAGGUAAUUGCCUCUUAACACAAAAUAGAAUUUUAUACACAACAAAAUUGCACAUAAACACACUAAAAAAUCCCAUUUAGCCUGCAAAACAGAACUGUUUUUUGGUAUAACACAUUAAAUAAACCAUGCGAUGAAACUUUAGGCUUGGAUUUUUGUCCUAAACAUCUGGUCAACACUUAGUAUCUGCCAGCAUGGACACACAAUGCCAUGCAGGUGAACCUAACGUGGCCACAAACAUCUGAAAUGCCGGAGCGAGCUGCUGCUUGUGACAUCGGGGUGAUGCAUGGGACGUGCACCUGCCCAGCCACACUGACACUGCUUUCCUGUGGGCUCAGCUGCCACGUGUGUGUGCUGCCUAUAACCCAGAGUGGCUGUCCUAACCAGACAACAAACACGGCCAUUUCUAGCAGCUCAGACCCCCCACCUCCCAACCCAUUAAUUCCUAUGAACUCAUAUUAAUGAAAUGUCAAACUUCCACCAACCUGAAUACUGUUAAGUUUCACUGUCUGUAAGUGCUGGAAGCUGGACUAAAGCAAACAACACCCCACAGCUCCAUAGGCUAUGAGUGCUAGUAAGAAGUGACAUGCUCCCAUAUGAUCCAAAUGUUAAAACUAAUCCUAAAUCCUAAUGUUAAAACUAAUAUCAAUUCAGUGUCCUCCUCUUUCUAAGUGCAUGAGAGACACAAGAAACAUCUGUGCUAUGCUGCAAUGUUUGCUGUGAAUGGCAGAACCUUCCAUCCAACAAACUGCAGCAGUAACUCCUGACACUUACGUAACCCUUUAAGAAUUCCUAACAAUCCCUGCAAGUGGAAUUAUGUGAAACAUAAAACCUACUUGGGAGGAAAGCCUGCACGGAGCUGCUCUCUUCCCCUACACAUUGCAACUUACUGGCAUUUUCAUUUCUUGCAGAACUCAGAGCAACGUGCUAGUUGGACUGAAAAGGUUUCUCCUUUCAGCUGUGCAGUUUUAAAUCCCUUUCAUGUGUUCUUUGUGAGCUGCAACACAAUCAGCCAAUGCCAAUAAGGAGCAACUGGAAUUGUUGUGUGAAACAGCGAUACAGCAGCCAUCACGGAGGGUCCUGAUGCUCAUACAUGGAGCAAACAGACUGGAAACAAAGCUGCAAAUCAAAAGGGGAAAAAAUCCAGCUAAGAGCAGUCUUUGCCAGUGACCCUGUGGCACGUUCACUGCAGUGAGAAUGGCUUUUAGCUCACCAUUCCUCACUCCUCCUCCUUCCUUUAUACCUAUAAAAUACUCUUGAUGUAUUCUGCUUCCAAUAAGCCUCUGAGGCACGAUGCUGGUCUCAGACCCCAUGCAACCCAUGUUAGUGGCAAGCUGUUCUGGGAUGCUUCAGCUGGAUCAGAACUAGCAAAAGAACUGGAUGGGUGGAGAACUGCAUUUUCCAAGUUCCUUCUUAGGGGGAAAAAAAAAAAAAAAAGAUGUAAUUGAUCUGAUAGAGAGCUUGGCCUUGUUGCUGGCACAAGAGCACAGAGAGCUACCCAUCUGUGCUUUGCACACUAACUUCCAAGAGUAAUUCAAAAUUCACCUGCUGCCUCUCCUGUUCCUGUAUACUGAACUUCCAUUUUUAUGUUAAAGAAAGAGGAAGAAAGUAAUGGCAGUUGUGUAAAACCAGUGCAUCCCUCUAUAUGAACACCCACAAUAGAACCUUCCAUCCAACAAACUGCAGCAGUAACUCCUGACAAUUACAUAACCCUAUAAACAAAGGUUUAAAGCCCUGCCAAGCCCACAGAUAGAAGCCACCUUUUGUAAAACUUUGCUUUGACAACAUGCAGCCCACCUGUGGAAAUUCGGUCCUUGUGUUCCUAAAAUGAUGCACUUCUCAGCAGUGGUGGCACUCAGCAUGUCUGCACCUGGUGCUCCAGCCCCCACCAAACGUAUGACCUGGGCAUGGCUUCCUAUUGACUUGCAUGGCAGGCUGUACCUCAAUGCACUGCAGUGAAAUGCAGAUGUGAUUCUUGGCAGCCAUGUGACAAAACCACCCAGUAACCAAAUGCAUCACACAGGGCUCGAAGGGGAGGUGAGAGGAGGUGGGAGCCCCCUGAUCUUGCACAGGUUUUCACAGAGAUGCCUUGAAGCCCAAACAGAACACAAAUCCAGCAAAAAUGCUACCGUUACUCAGUCAAUUCAAACAGUUCUGGUUUAGCAUCUUUUACCAAGAUGUUUCUUGUGGAGAAAACAUGCAGUAUUUUUUCCUCUGGGUGGGGAGAGGGAAACCCCCUUUAUUUUUCCUACAUAUGGUCAGUAAUGAGGAUAUGCCAACACAGGUGACAGCUGCAUAAGGACUGACCCCAGUAUGAAACACUGUACUGGUUAAGAUUGUGCUGCAAUUCUUUUAAAAAUAUAUAUAUUUAUAAAAUGGAAAGAGCUGCUGUUCUCACCAGGCAAAGAAACUCACUCUGAACCCCAUGGAGAAGGAAUGACGUCUCAUUCCCCUCCUGCCCACUGCAGCAACCACCUUUUUUUUCUUCUUUUUUUAAUUAAAGAAAUGAAUUCCUAUAGGAACAGCUUUCCCAACUGUACACCAAUGUCCUCCACCUACAAGGUCAGUUUCUACAGCCGGCUCCAACAGCCCCUGGAACUCCCUGCCCUCCUCACCACCAUCAGUAGGGGGCAAAAUUAUCGCUAAUCAAAACGUUAUUGAAAACUGUGGUGAUCUCCAAAAAAAAUGGAGAAAACGAAGCAAAACAUUCCUGUCAGGAAUCACGGAAACUCGUUUCCUUAGAACAGAGCUCUGUGUGUUUGGAUGCACUGCACGGGCAGUAAAGUCUUGACGUCCUUCUGCUUAGCCAAGGUAA